AUGGCCUACAGAACGUUGGAGAUCGCACAGCUCUCCGCCCAUAAGCUCAAAGAUGUGAGGCUUUUCGGCAGAAUGAAAGUCUACGUGGUGGUCUCGCUCUCCGACGACCCGCAGCCGAAGAAGCGGACUCCUACUGAUCGGGUGGGCCGAGAAAACCCCUCGUGGAACUCGAUGACGUUCCAAUUCAACGUCCCCGACGACAACCCAGGCCGCCUCACCCUCCGCUUCCUCCUGCGCACCGAGCGAAGCCUCGGCGACCGGGACGUCGGCGAGGUCAACGUCCCUGUCAAGGACCUUCUUCGUACCGGCAAUGGCCAAAUGCAGUCCGUCAGCUUUCAGGUUUACGUUCCAUCCUAUGGGGAGAAUCAGGGCGUCCUGAAGUUCUCAUAUAAGCUUGGCAAGAGGAUUGCUCCUCCUCCAACCAUUCCCACUACUGUUGUUCAAGAGACCAUGGUCCGCACGAUCGCCGGGUACCCGUACCCAACGCCGGCGAACGGGUAUGGCUACGAGGCGGCGCCACCUCCAAGGAAGAAGUAG